CUCGGGUCGCAUCAGGCGAGAGAAUCCGGGCAGGGCUGGCUCAAUCACUCGGUCGCAUCGCACAGAUUCGGAGCUCAACGGCGACGGCCAAGGCGGCGGGGCAGGCAGGGGAAGCGUCGAGGAGGUGGCGAUAGGGUGGAGGCGCCGAGGCGGGAGACUGUGGACCGCUAGCAGGGGGCUGAGCGGCGGCGGGCCGGAGUUGGGUCCUGCAGAAAGCUUCUGCGGACGCAGUCCUAGCGAUGGGCGAUGCGCAGGCGGCAGGGGAGGGUCCGCGCUGCGUCGGCUGCGGCGGGCGCGUGAAGACGCUCUUCGUGCAGUAUUCCCCGGGCAACAUCCGCUUGAUGAAAUGCGAUAACUGCAAGGCUGUUGCUGAUCCCUACAUCGAGUGCGAAUUCAUGAUCAUCUUGAUUGAUCUGAUCCUGCACAAGACAAGGGCGUACCGCCAUGUUCUGUUUAAUAAUCUGAGCAUGGGAUCAUCUGUUGACAAGGGAAUACUUUACCGAUCCACUUUGAUCCAUAUUGCUCUUGACGCAUUCAGAAUAUCUUUUUCGAAAGGAAACAGAGCUGAUGGGGCUUCUUCCAGGAGCAUUUUCUCAACAAUUUUCAAUUGCAUUGAGGUCAUUGGCGAUGCAUUGUUAGGGAACAUCGUAUUUAUGGUCAUGUUAUUCCUGGGAGUGCGGUUCAUUCUCAAACUAUCUUUCGACAUUACAAGGUAUAGAGAGGUUCUGUUCGCUGUCAUCAUUUCAAGCUACUUCAAGUUGUUUCUUUUCACAAUGAUGGUUUGGGAGUUUCCAUCAUCUGUUAUAUUAAUUGUUGAAAUGUUUGUUCUCUCAUCAAAUGUUGUAGCCCUAAGAGGUAAACACUGCACAUUUUCCCCACAAAUAAUCGCCACCUUGGCCACCACAUCGUUGAGUUAUUUUGAAAUGCUUUUUAGUGGUGGGAUGCAUACACAUCAAUUACAGUCUUGGUAAGUACUGCACGUUUUUCCCAUAUAAUAAAUUGAAACAUUUCUAUAUGGGCAUAUAUAUGUAUAUGGUGGAUAGCAUAGAUAAUUAUGUUAGGGUUCUGUGUUGCAUCAACCGACACAUUAUCAUAGUUUUUCUAUGAAUCCUGCCAUUUUCCUGCACAAAGAUAUAUCCCAUGGUUGGAUCAAAAGGGCCUUUCGCUAAUCAAGAUCUCUAGUGAUGGGAUCAGACAGAUGUCCCCAGUUCUGCAUCGAAUGGUCAAGUCUAUGUCAUCGCCAUUAUAUCCUAUAUAAUUGAUUGAUCGAUCUAGGCCUCACCCUCAACGUCUACAACUUCACGCCUUCUACAGUUUUCUGAAGUGAUACCCAUCAAGGCAGAGCCCCUGAACCGUGUUGCAUCAAGUUUUUGGCUCACUGGCUGUGCACCUGCACAAAUAUUUAGUAUGAUGCAUAUAUAUCAGAGUCUUCUGGGAUUGUUGGUUUGCUCCCAGCUUUCAGCACUUGGUCUAUUGCUGGUUUUGGUUUUACUGAAAUUACCACAGCUUUGUUUCCGUUUUCUUUUGGUAGAAGUUAUGUUCCUUUAGCAAUCCUGUUAAAUGUUGUCAGAACUGACUGUGCCGUUUCUUUGCAGUCGUUUCGCAGUUUCCAAAAGCCCACUGUUUUGGGGCCUGCUUCAUGGCGCAUGCAGCAAAAUUCUUGACCGAGAGAUGGAUCCUCGGGACGCCAGGAGCCUAAAGUCAUCCAGACCAUCCUUGAACUCCAAGCACUGCCCUAU